GUACCGCAGAAAAAACUACGCACUUUUUUCAUUGAGAUCAGUUAUCAGCAAUUCAAACACAUCCGACCAAGUGUUCAUUUCCUCUACAUCCUAUCUCCUUUUAGUCUUCCCGUCAAGGUUUUUUACCCAGCCCAUGACCCGCCCAAGCUCCGUAUUUCUUGGGUGGCGGCAACUAAGUACCGAUAAGUGAUAAGAGAACAAGCGCUCGUACAGCAAUAACAGUACCUACCUAAUAAUUGACACUAGUUGCUUUCCGUGUUGUUUUGCCAUCGUUCACACCUCUCCAUGAUGGACGGAGCUCAAGUAAUUUACAGUUUAGUCUGAUUUUCAGUUAUUUCCCUCUGUUAUAUUUAUUUAACAUUGUGAUCAGUGUUGAAAUGGGAAGCGAUAAACCAGCUUUCUUGAUUCUCGGAGGUUGUGGUUUCAUCGGGCGAAACUUUGUGGAAUUUUUAAUCGACAAUGAUGUUGCUUCGUACAUACGAGUGGUUGACAAGUUACCCCCACAAGUAGCCUGGCUAAAUAAACGACAUUCUCUAGCUUUUAAAGAUCCGAGGGUGGAACAUGUUAGUGCCAAUUUGAUGUACUUUGAUUCCUGCGAAAAAGCAUUUGCGAAUCCACCCAAAGCCUUUGAUUACAUUUUGAACUGUGCAUGUGAAACAAGGCUCGGGCAGUCUGAAGCAGUUUACGAAGAAGGUAUAGUUCGAGUCAGUCUGAACUGCGCUAAGUUAGCAGCCAAAAUUGGUGCUGCAAGAUUUGUAGAAUUGUCCUCUGGAUGCAUGGCAUCUAGUGAACAGACUGCUCACAAAGAAUCCGAUCCUUGCAAACCAUGGACUGAUGUUGCUGUGUACAAAUUAAAAGUUGAAGAAAAACUUAAAUCCAUUGAAGGUUUAAGAUAUACAAUCAUCAGGCCUGGCAUAGUUUAUGGUUUUGGCGACAAGACAGGGUUGACGCCACGUCUAGUCAUUGGGGCUGUCUAUCAGCACCUCGGAGAGAGUAUGCGCCUUCUCUGGGAUAAGGAUUUACGAAUGAAUACAAUUCAUGUGAAAGAUCUUUGUGAGGCAAUCUGGUUCUUGAUGAAACUGAAAGAGGCUCAUGGUGAGGUGUACAACGCAGUUGAUGAUGGAAACACAACCCAGGGUCGGGUCACGGAUUUAAUUGCUUCCAUAUUCAAUAUUAGUUAUGAUUUUUGCGGCAAGGUUAUGUCCACAUUGACGACAGUUGAUAAAUUCAAUCUUAUGGAGGAAAUCAACGAUAAACACUUAGCGCCUUGGGCAGAGGCUUGUGCAGCUAGUGGAGUCACCAAUACUCCAUUAUCAUCCUACAUACACAAAGAACUGCUGUACAACAAGCAUCUACAUCUGAGCAAUUCCAAGUUAACUGCUGCUGGUUUCAAAUGCUCCGUACCAGAAAUAAAUAAACAAGUUCUGAUCGAGGUGGUGAAUGAUUACAUCGGAAUGAAUCUUUUUCCUCGCUCCGUGAUGUCAUGAAACAAGCUCCUAGAUGAAGCCAACUUUUCAUCGUUUCGAAUAUUCAUUCUAAAUAGUCAUUCCAGCUUUCUGCACUGAUUUUUCCAGUUAAGAUAGUGAAGCGUAAGAGUGAUGAACUACUUAAGUUGAAGCUCAAAAACUUACGCUUUCUUAAUGUUUCUAAGCUACCUUAAAAUUGUCUUCAGAACUUAUUGAAGUUAAGUUCCACUCUAUGAUCUCUCAUUUUCUUAGGGGGGAGGGGAGACUAUGAAACCAAAGAAAAAUAUUUUGCUAAUUUCUAAUUAUGCGACAAUCAGAAAGCAUCUCAACCACAGAGUAGCAUCAUACUUGCGGGAGUAAUCUUUAAGAAUUAGUUAAGUCACCUUAACCUCUAUGAUGCCCCGGUUUUUUAAUAAUUAAGCUUGAAUUAAAUUCUUUGCUGUUUAGUCUACUUUUAGAGUUUGAGUUUCAUCCGGUAAUAUGUGCGCUGAGGCAAAUUUUUACUGUAUGUACACACUUAUUGUACAUUCCAAACAGAUAAAAGGUUUCUCAGCUUGUGCAGGUUUUUUUUUACAUCACACGGGACCAGUGUAAAUAUAUUGAACGGAUUUUACCAGAAGCAGCCAAACUACAUUAGAUGAUGCUUGAUUUCCUUUCAAUUUUUUAUUUUUUUAAAAGAAAAGUAAUUAUCGUCGUGACUUAAAAUUCUGUGAGAAAAUUCUUUAAAAGCCAAGGAAAAAGCACAGAAAGUUUGUAGGUAUUAAGUUGUUUGGUUCUCCAUUUGAAAAAUAAAACUUUAGGGAAAAUUAGGCAACGUAAAAUGUGGUAAGGCUGGUUUUAGUUAAAUUGUCCAAUUCAAAGAGUUCUCUACUCAGCAUCUUUGGAAUAGGUGCGUUCAUUGAUUUGCCUCAUACAUUGGCUUUGGCAACAAUAUAUCCAAAAAUAUUUCCAUCCGCAAUAGAUUAAGUAUUUCCCCUAAUUUUCGAUUGUGUUGUUCUUGUUUCUUUUAAUAGCUCAAAAUAUUUUAUAAGAAUCCUAUUUAUUUUUAUAUUUGGUUCAAUUUCAUUGCUGUUCUUUGCCAAACAUUAUGAAUUGAAAACAUAUUCAAUGCAGAAACAAGUUCUGCUGGUAGGCAGUCAUGGGUUAUACUGGUUUACCAAAAAUGGCUAAAUGGGAAAAAUGCAUAUCUUCCUUAAAAUGUUUAAAUAUCUCUGAUUACGUUUUAUUUUCCUCAAGGAAAACUUAAUCGAAAUUUUUUCUCGCAAUUUCUUUUCAUUUCAAUGGAAUGAGUGAAGAAUAUUUACGGAAAAUUUUAGUAGAAAUUGUUUGUCAGUCUUUUUUUCAAAAAAUGAAACAAGCGUGGAUACUCACAACAUCCCAAUCUGAGAUAUGUAUUUUCUAACUUUAGCUAUAGAUACACUGGAGUAGAGACAACUGAACUGAUGCAACAGGUUGAACUAUUUCACUCAGUUACACCUAUGGUUAUAAAAUAAAUAUCAUAGUUAGGAGUCAUCAUGAAGGUUGCUCCGAUUUUAAGAAGUAAGACUAGUCAUAUUUUUAGACCUAAAAUUCUGACACAAGGCUUUGAUGAGUAUAAUAAAGUAAUCAGCAUGAAAAACUGAAAAUCGAUAUUUUAGACCUAUAAUCUAGUGUUUUGCUGCAUACUCAGCGAUUUGAGUCUUGAUGUCAACGGCUUUUUUUCCUCACUUCAUCAUGAAUACUGUUUUGACUACACUCAUGGAAAUGUUUGACUGAAUUAAUUUUCAGGAACUUCCUGAUUUUUAAUUAAUACCUAUCCAAGAUGCUAGGCCAGCAUACUAUUCUAUUGUAUUUUCUGCGAAUAUCUAAAAAGAGACCAAAACAUAGCAGUUAAUUUUCUAUCUGAAUAUUUUCUUUUAAAUUAAAGUUAAAUCAAAUGAUGCAACAAGCCAUACUGAUUUGCCUUUUGAUCUCAAUAUUAAUUAUUGAAGCUGCAUUGUAUUCAGUUCCGAGUUACACUUAGGAAAAAGAUAAUUCACGGAACAACGAAAAUGUUCAAUGAGAAUCAUCAUGUCAGUGAUAAGGCUUACCUCAAAACCUGGAAAUUCUUCUAUUUUUUUUACCUAAUUGGCAAUGCAAGUGUAACAGACGGAAUACUAUCAGAACUGUUACAAUGUGUAAAAUGUGCAUUGUAAUUUAGGUUUUGAUUACUUUUGAUUCAGAUGGGCAGAUAAUAAUAUUAUUGUAACUAAAAUCAAACUUCAACACAAUUUCAAAGUUUUUUUUUUUUUUCUUCAAAUGUCUUAUGCGUAGCAGUAAAAUUCUCUAGAUAUUUAAGAUCUAGCUGGCUUGUCAAUUUUUUUCUUUUGAAGUUAAAAUUUUGCUUUAGUACUUACAAUCAUGAAUUAAGUAUUGCACAGUUUUUCAAAUUUUAGUCUUGAAUAAUAUCCAUUCAGAAUAAAACUUGAGGCACAUACUUAAUCCUUUACUGUUCUGACUGUCUCAAUAUUUUGAUGUACAAGUGUUUGUUUGCCAUAGAAGAUAGGUGCAUUCAUGAAAGUAAAUCAGAUCUUAUCGUUGUGUUUUGCAAAAUCUGGUCCAAUUGGGCUUUCAGAAUGUUCACUCUCCUUAUGCUCUUUUCACGCACAUUUAUGUUUGUUAAAAUGCGCACACAGCAAUGAUUUGUGUUCCUUCCUAUCAAUUAACAUAGUAAUUUACUUGUAAGGUGCAUCGUGCUCAAAUGUAAUUUUAUUUUUGAAAAAUUCUGUCAUUAAAAGUGCUCAUCAUGCAUGUUUGAAUGACAUUAAAAUGUGUGCUUUCAUUGAAGAUAAAUAUAUAUUUUGUUGAACCCUCAUCUUUAGUGUUCAACGACUCAUUUUCUGUUUAAAUCCAUUACGGUUAUGGUACUCUACUGAAAUAUCUUUUCUAUUUUUCAAAAAUUUAUUCGCAUGAAUACCUGUGAACUGAUCUGCAGAUUUAUAAAAAAAAUGGAGCUUCUGUUUUCUACUUGUAAAUUGCCUUAGGGCCAGUUUUACAAUGGUUUAAAGCAUCUCAAAAGCUUUUGUGUAUGUUUAUUUUGUUGUGUUUUGUGUUCCUUAUAAAUCCGUUAUAAAAUUUAAAAAAAUUCUAAUUCACUAGAA